ACUGCACAACGCACAAUGAGCGUGAAUGUGGUGGACGAGAUGUACCUCGGGGAUGCCAUGCAGAAGAACCUGAAGGUCUUGACAUAUAUGCGGGUGCUCCUUGCGGUGACGUUUGGCGCUGUGGCAGGUAUUCUGGGACUGACGGGCUCUGCUGGGUUUGCGCUCUGGGGCGGCUCGUUUGGGCUGGCGUCGGUGCUUGUGGUGGUCAAGGCGACGGCGGCGCAGGUGCCGCGGGCGGUCGGUGGCGGGACGGUUGGCAACUCGGGCUUUGCUGGCUUCUUUGCCUCGGGAUGGAACCAUCUCACUGCUCUCUCGCAGUCGUUCCUCACCUAUGUCCUCUUCUGGACCCUCUUCCGCAACGUGGCCCAUGUCUACUAGAUCGAUGUCGCCCGGCUGUCGUCCGACAUUGUCGUCCUGUCGUGCUCAAAGAGCCAGGUCUGCGCUUGGAAUUGCCGCGAGGCAUUCGUCAAAUGUCUCGUCUU